AUGACCAUGAGCUGCCAGCUAAAGGGCCGGGAGGAGAAAGGUGACAGGUCCAGGAGGAGACCCUCACGGAAGCAGCCUCCCAGAGCCGAGCGUGUGGCAGGCAGGCGUGGAGCUCAGCCUAGCCAGAAGGAGCGGGCCGAGGGGAGCCCAAGGCCAGGGUCCCCCCGGAGGAAGCAGGCAGAGCACCAGAGACUCAGAGAGGAUCUGGGGAAGCCUGGGCGGAGCUCCACAAAGAGGACCUGUGAGGGGAGGAGGAAGAGAGAUGGGAGGGCUUCCCUCAAGGAGCAGAGACAGAGAGCUCCCCCAAAGAAGGAAAAGGAGGCACUGAGGAAGGAGACACGGAAGCGACCAAAGAAACACAGAUCACCCUCCCUGGCCUCCAGCACCUCUGGUGGGGAAUCUCUGUCAGAGGAGGAGCUGGCCCGGAUCCUGGAGCAGUUAGAAGACAAGAAGAAGCUCAUUGCCACCAUGCGGAACAAGCCCUGGCCCAUGGCAAAAAAGCUUAGGGAGCUCAGGGAGGCCCAAGAAUUUGUGGAGAAGUAUGAAGGAGCCUUGGGAAAGGGGAAAGGCAAGCGACUCUAUGCCUAUAGGAUGCUGGUGGCUAAGAAGUGGGUCAAGUUUAAGAGAGACUUUGAUAAUUUCAAGACUCAGUGUAUACCCUGGGAAAUGAAGAUCAAGGACAUUGAAAGUCAUUUUGGUUCUUCAGUGGCAUCAUAUUUCAUCUUUCUCCGAUGGAUGUAUGGAGUUAACCUUGUCCUUUUUGGCUUAAUAUUUGGUCUAGUUAUCAUCCCAGAGGUUCUGAUGGGUGUGCCCUAUGGGAGUAUUCCCAGAAAGACGGUGCCUCGGGCUGAGGAAGAAAAAGCCAUGGAUUUUUCUGUCCUUUGGGAUUUUGAGGGCUACAUCAAGUAUUCUGCUCUCUUCUAUGGCUACUACAACAACCAGAGGACUAUCGGGUGGCUGAGGUACAGGUUGCCCAUGGCUUACUUUAUGGUGGGGGUCAGCGUGUUCGGCUACAGCCUGAUGAUUGUCAUUAGAUCGAUGGCCAGCAAUACCCAGGGCAGUACAAGUGAGGGGGAGAAUGCUAACUUCACAUUCAGCUUCAAGAUGUUCACCAGCUGGGAUUACCUGAUUGGGAAUUCAGAGACGGCUGACAACAAAUAUGUCUCCAUCACCACCAGCUUCAAGGAAUCGAUAGUGGAUGAACAAGAAAGUAACAAAGAAGAAAAUAUCCAUCUGACAAGAUUUCUCCGGGUUCUAGCCAACUUUCUUAUCAUCUGCUGUUUGUGUGGAAGUGGGUACCUCAUUUACUUUGUGGUGAAACGAUCCCAAGAAUUCUCCAAAAUGCAGAAUGUCAGCUGGUAUGAAAGAAAUGAGGUAGAAAUUGUGAUGUCCCUGCUUGGUAUGUUUUGUCCCCCUUUGUUUGAAACCAUUGCUACCCUGGAGAAUUAUCACCCACGCAUUGGACUGAAGUGGCAGCUAGGACGCAUUUUUGCACUCUUCCUGGGGAACCUCUACACGUUUCUCUUGGCCCUGAUGGAUGAUGUUCACCUCAAGCUUUCUAAUGAAGAGACAAUAAAGAACAUCACUCACUGGACUCUGUUUAACUAUUACAACUCCUCUGGUUGGAAUGAGAGUGUCCCCCGGCCACCCCUACACCCUGCAGAUGUGCCCCGGGGUUCUUGCUGGGAGACAGCCGUGGGCAUUGAAUUCAUGAGGCUGACAGUGUCUGACAUGCUGGUAACGUACAUCACCAUCCUGCUGGGGGACUUCCUGCGGGCUUGUUUUGUCCGGUUCAUGAACUACUGCUGGUGCUGGGACCUGGAGGCUGGAUUUCCCUCUUAUGCUGAGUUUGAUAUUAGUGGAAAUGUACUCGGCUUGAUCUUCAACCAAGGAAUGAUCUGGAUGGGCUCCUUCUAUGCUCCAGGACUGGUAGGCAUCAAUGUGCUACGUCUGCUGACCUCCAUGUACUUCCAGUGCUGGGCAGUGAUGAGCAGCAACGUUCCCCAUGAACGUGUGUUCAAAGCCUCCCGAUCCAGCAACUUCUACAUGGGCCUCCUGCUGCUGGUGCUCUUCCUCAGCCUCCUGCCAGUGGCCUACACCAUUAUGUCCCUCCCGCCCUCCUUUGACUGUGGGCCAUUCAGUGGGAAAAACAGAAUGUAUGAUGUCAUCCAAGAGACGAUUGAAAACGAUUUUCCAACCUUCCUGGGCAAGAUCUUUGUUUUCCUUGCCAACCCUGGCCUGAUCAUCCCCGCCAUCCUGCUGAUGUUCCUGGCCAUCUACUACCUGAACUCGGUUUCCAAAAGCCUUUCCCGAGCUAAUGCCCAGCUGAGAAAGAAAAUCCAAGCGCUCCGGGAAGUUGAGAAGAGCCACAAAUCUGUCACGGGCAGAACUACAGGCAGAGAUUCAGAGGACACAGCUCAAGGCACCUCCCAAAAUGCUACCCAGCUCCCACUCACCAAAGAAGGGAUGACGCCUCACUCUGCCAGCCAAACCCAGACCCCAGACAAGAAGGCCGAGGAUCCUGGGACCUUUGGUUCUGCCAGUGGGACCACGCUGCCUGCCUCCCAGGGCCUGUCUGUAGCUCGGCCUACUGGCUUCAGACCAGAUUCUGGCCACGCUCGGCCUCAGACUCAUCCUUGGAGGUCAGCCUCUGGAAAGAGUGCUCAGACAUCUCCCCACUGACAGCUAGGACUCACACAAACACCAUCCUGGGGCUGAUCCUUCGGCCCCACCAGAUCAUACACCCAAAACAAUAUUCUCUCUUCCUCUCUUUUCUCCCACACAUGCAUAUUCUCUCUCUUCUCAUUGAAUGCGAAAAGUUUGAUUACUUAGUCUCAGGCACUUGUUGGCUACCACAACAUUCAGACAAUGGUUUCAUCCACUCUUUAGGGGGGCUGAGUCUCCCCACUCCCUAUACACUGCCCUCUUCCCAGUACCUUGGUUCAGGCAGCUCUGGACCUUGGACUCACCAUGGUUCCCUCAGCUCCAGACUUUGGGAGGAAGGAGAAGGCCAUGACCACCACCAUAGACUUUUCUCAUGGCACCCAUUCAGGACACUGGUUUCUGUUCAUCUUAUUAACUGGGAAGAAGAUACAGAGGAGUCCACGUUCCUAACUAUGGCCUCUAUCCAAAGGAGAUGAAGUAGUUUAAAUAAAAGGUACAAGAAGCCACUGAAAAUAAAGGUAGUGAACCAAAGUCCAGCCAUUGUGAGUAGGAAGAUGAUUAUCCCCCGGAACCCAGCCUGAGGGGAGCUGAUGCCAUUAAGCAGCAAAAAAACGCACUGGUGUCUUCUAGCAGCAAGGCAAGGAGCAAGUGUUUCUUCUAAUUGAAGACAAUUUAGAUUGCUCAGGGCAGAAAAAUCCUUCUCAAAUACCAGAUCAAAAAGGAAUUUAAUAGUCUGCUUCUUGUGUAAGGAAUGUUGAAGACGAUUUCUCUGAGGGGUUUGCAAAGGGUGCAAUGCAGAGCCUUGUCUCCAGCAAUUCUAUGUUCAACUAGUGUCAUGGCAUGGGUCGAUGCAGAACGUCUCCUGGGGGGCAAAAGCCAGGGAGGCCAGACAUUGCGAAGGCCUUGGCUAUAAGGACAAAGGCUCAGCAGUGUGUGAGUCACUGUCUAGGACUCUGACGGUGCAGGUGUCCUAUAGGUGGUGUCCUCCUCUCCUCUGCCCCGUGUUCCCAGAUUCCAGGGAGCAUAUAACUUUAGAAUCAUCUCGUGCCAUGUCUCUGAGUGUCCUAAAGGGAGUCUUCUCCCCCAUCCACCUCCCAACCAUGGCCCCUGGGGUUCUCAGGAAAAUCCCCUACACCCUGAAAGUCAGACAAAGUCCUGGUGGGGAGAUGGAUAUUUUAUAGAAAUUUCAUAAACUAUGAAUUAAAAUAAUUCCCAGGUUCCCCUUCAAUUCCUUCCCCUUCUCACCCCAGCACCAGCACUUCACACAUGACCUAGAAUGGAUUGGGAAUGGGAACACGUGACCAGGAGAAACAGACCGGUUCUUUUGCCCCCUGUCCAUCUCCAGGCGAGGCUAAAGAAAAUGCUGCAGGUGCCUCCUGUGCGUGGAACUCAGGUCUGACCCCCAAUACAGAACUCUUGUGGGUCAUGUCUUCUUCUGGGAGGACACACCUUGGCCCUGAGCUUACCUGCCUGAUGCCCUGACAUGGGGAUCCAGAUAACCUAUCCAACCAAGAGGCCCAAAAAUGGUCACCAUGUGACAUGUGGCCUUCAAGACCACCUGCCUGGGUAAUGCCAGUCCCUGGGGUGGGGAACAAGAGAGGCCUGAGUCAUCAGCCUCCUUGUGAUCACUAUCAGCCUUCUGAUGGCUACCAAAAUGCCUCAACACCCACCAUAGACACAAACACAUUAUCCUGUUCUGUUGAUGCACAAUUUUAUGUGAGGGAAUGUCUUUGUUGUCUAUUUCUGCACAACAGAUUAUUCUCAAAAUUUAACAGCUUAAAGAAAUAAACACUGAGGAGCGCCUGGGUGGCUCAGUGGUUCAGUGACUGCCUUCAGCUCAGGGGAUGAU